UGGCUCAGCCACCUUGUCCUCCAUCGCGCAGCCGGGUCCGCCGGUGGCAGAGGGAUGGACGUCAAGAAGGGUGGCAGAGAUCGCGUUUGGGAGGGCGGGCACACUGUUAUCGACCACUUGAGUUCUUUCUACAGCAAGUAUGCCGACUCGAGCCCUGCCAAUGAGAAGAUCAAGCAGGCAGCGAUUUAUUUCUGCGUGGCAGAGAACCAUAUCGAGGAUGGAGACUUAGAGGAGGCCACCGUGGCUGCGGAAGGCUGCUUGGAGCUGUUCAGAGAAGAGGGUGAUCAGCGAGGCACGCGGGACGCCCUUCGGCUGGUCAUCCACGUGCUGAGGGCCAAAGCGGAUGAGGCCAGGAACCAGGGCGAGCGGGCGCUCGCCCGGGACCAGCUGGAGAAGGCCGAGGCCAUGGCGGAAGAGGAGAUGGCCAACUUCCGCGAUGCGGGAGACGAAACUGGGCAGGCCUGCAUGAUGCUGAGCAUGGCGGAGGCCACUUGCGCCUACCGGGGCAGUAACAAGCGCGAGGAGGCGCUAGCAAACUCCGAGGAGGCCAGAGAGAUCUUUAGCCAGGCCAAAGAGGCGAAAUACGAAGGCCUAGCCACGCUGACUCUGGCGGAGGUCUACUUCCGGAAGAGGAACUUCCACGCGGCGCGGAAGGCCUCUGCGGAGGCGGCCGAGCUCUUUAAGAGUGUGGACGACAAGCUGUGCCAGGCAAUGGCUCUGCACAUGGGCGCUGCGACGGAGGCCCGUGCUGGCGUGCUAGAGAUGGCCAUCCGUCUCGGGCGCAAGAGCUUGAAGCUGCUGCAGGAAGCUGGCACCAAGAAGCAGCAGAUGGCCAGCCUGCUUGCCUUGGGGCAGUUCUACCUCAUGCGGGAGGACGCCCGCCUGUCGCUGUCCAUGGGGGAGGCGGCCUCUGCACUUCUGCAGGAGCUGGAUGAUACCGCCUCCUGGGAGGGAGUGGCCGUGGGCUUCCUGGUGGAGGCCUACAUCCUGAACAACCAGCCGGACAAGGCCGUGCAAGUCUGCAAGGAGGCCACCGAGCGCAUUCGGCACCGGCCUGACCAGAAGAGAGAGACGGUGUACUUGCUGCACCACCUCAUCCAUGCCUUGUCCGUUUUCGGGGACAUUGAGCAGGCAAAGGAGGUGGGUGAUGAGGCUUUGGCCGUGGCAAACGAGCUUGGCUGCAAGCGCCUGAAAGCCCAUGUCUGGGAGGAGCUCAGCCACGCCUACCUGCUGGCGGAGCAGAACAACGAUGCACUGCAUGCAGCGGAGGUGGCGGUGCAGCUGUUGAAGGAGCUGGGGGCAGAUCACGAUGAGAUCACCACCCGCCUCCAGGUCCUGACCAAAGUGCUCAUCAUCCAGGACAACUACAAGGAGGCCCACAACCAGAUCGAGCUCGCCAAGGAUCUCGCGCAGAAGAUCGAAGAGAAGCCUUUGGAGGCGUUUUGCCUCUCCAUCCAGUCACGUGUUCAGGCCUUGCUGGGGGACCCUCAGAGUGGCGUCAAGGCGGCGGACCUUGCCAUCGACAUGUUCCGGGAGGAUGGUGACAGGAGGGGCGAGUGCCGAGUUUGGGAAGGCCUGUCUGAGAUCCACAUGACCGCCAGCGACUUCUCCUCGGCGAUCCGGGCUGCAAAGCGUGCGGAGAGCCUUUGCGAAGAAGUCGGAGACACUCGUCUCAUGGCAAGGAUGAAGCACACCACCUCCAUGGUGCACAUGUCUGCUGAUGAGCACCAAGAGGCCCUGGCAGCCAUCACGGAAGCCAUCAAGCUCUCACGCGCGGACGAUGACAUGCGAGGGACCGUGAAGUACAUUUUCCUGGCGAUGGACAUUUGGGUGACGUCACUUACUGCCUUGGAUCCGGAGGACAAGAGCAAGGUCCGAAUCUACAGGCAAGGCUGCGAGAAGGCCAUGCGCCUGGCCAAGGAGGGAGUGAAGCUCAGCAUCCGUUUGGAGGAUCGCUAUGCAGAGUGCAUGGGCAACUACUGGGUUGGGACGAUGCACAUCAUGAUGGGUCGGCCGAAGGAGGCCAAGAUCAGCGCCGAGACGGCCCUGGAGAUCGCCACGGAGAAGAGGGAUCUGCUCAGCGAGCUUUAUGCGCGUGGGCUCAUGGUUCAAGUGAGCCUGCAAGAGAAGGACGUGAAAGCGGCCAAAGAGCAUCUCAAGGAUGUUCAGGGCCUGGCUGAAGAGCUCGGAGAUCCCCAAGCCAAAGCUAUGGCGGAUCAGCUCAAGGACCUCGUCAUGGGUUCUGGCGCGCAAGAGGCAGCGCCGCAGCAGGCUGCUGCUGUGGCAGCGCCCAUUCAGGAGGCUGGCGCGGCCUCCUCCGCUGCAGCCGGCGAGGUGGACUUCAUCGCGCCGGACCCCGGCCUCAUGAAGAACCACAUCAUCGCCAUGGUCAAGAACAUGGUGGGCGGCGGCGACGACGUUGAUGGUGACACUCCGCUCAUGGAGUCGGGUGUCGACAGCUUGGCUUCUGUGGAGCUGCGCACCCAGUUGCAACAGGAGUUCAAGGUGAAUCUUCCCUCCACUGUGAUGUUCAACUACCCGACCAUCGAGGGCAUCACCGGGCUUCUGGUGGACGAGUGCACCCAGAAGAAGAUUACCUGGACUGGUUGAUACAGCUGUCUUCCACAG